AUGGCACCGACAGCUAUCAUCGAAGAUGAAAAGGAACAACCCAGCACCUACCGAAUCCUAGAGAAGCCAUUCGGCACAGCCCGUCCCAUCCGCAUCAUCGCCAUCGGCGCCGGAGCGAGCGGCAUCAGCAUCGCUCGCAACAUUAAGGAGCACAUGAAGAACGUGACGCUGCGAAUCUACGAGAAGAACAGUGCGGUCGGCGGCACCUGGUUGGAGAACCAGUACCCAGGAUGCCGCUGCGACAUUCCUAGCCACAACUACCAGUAUUCUUGGGAGCCUAACCACCGUUGGAGCAAGUACUACUCGCCGCAGCCCGAAAUCCUCGAGUAUUUCCAGACCACGGCGAGGAAGCACGGGCUGGACAGUCAUGUCAGCUUUGACCACAGAGUCUCCGAGGCCCGAUGGGACGAGUCGGGAGGCAUCUGGAGGUUCAAGGUGGAGGAUCUGCAGACCGGGGAGACGGUGGAGGAUUGGGGGCACUUCUUUAUCAAUGCCUCGGGGUUCUUGAAUAACUGGAAGUGGCCGAGUAUUCCCGGACUCGACUCCUUCAACGGUCAGCUUGUCCACAGUGCCGCUUGGAGUCCCGAGGUUGACCUGAAGGGGAAGCAUGUCGCCGUGAUUGGGAACGGCUCCAGCGGCAUUCAGAUUGUUACGGCAAUCCAGCCCGAGGUCAAGAAGCUCACCUCCUUCCUGCGCAGCCCUACGUGGAUCACAGCCGGUUUCGGGAGCAAAUACGCAGCCCCGGGGGGCGUCAACUUCGACUUCACCGAGGAUGAAAAAGCCAGGUUUGCCAACGACCCGUCAGAAUACCUGAUGUACAGAAAAGGCAUAGAGCAUGAGUUAUGCAGUCGCUUCAAGAUGCAACACGCCUCCACGCCGGAACAGGCGACCGCUGCAGAAUUCUCGAAGGAGGACAUGCUUCAGCGUCUGGGGUCCAACAAGAGUGUCGCCGAUUUCAUCAUCCCCGACUUCCCUGUCGGAUGCCGCCGUCCCACACCGGGGACGGGAUACCUGGAGGCCCUGGGCGAGGACAAUGUGCAGACCAUCUGUGGGAGGGAGAUUGUGCGCAUCGAGCCCGGCGGCCUGAUCCUGGAUGACGGGGAGGAGGUUGCUUGCGAUGCCAUAGUCUGCGCGACGGGGUUCGACUUGUCAUUUGUGCCGCGUUUCCCCAUCGUGGGGCGCAACGGGGCCAACCUCCAGGAUGUCUGGACGGGGAAGAGGCCCGCGGCAUACCUGUCCAUGACUCCGGCUGACAUGCCAAACUACUUCAUGUUCAUGGGGCCCAAUGCGCCCGUUGCCCACGGCUCGGCCAUCCCGAUCCUCGAGAAUGCGACCAGGUACAUGCUCAAGAUGAUCUACAAGGCCCAGGUGGAGAGGUACAAGGCCUUCUGUCCCAAGAGAGAGGCCAUUGACGAGUUUGUGGAGCAUGCAGAUGCCCUUUUCCCGCGGACAGCGUGGGCGGGCAAGUGUCGUAGCUGGUUCAGAAAUGGCAACGACUCCGGCCCUAUAACUGGGAUCUACCCUGGGAGCAGGCUCCACUGGUUUCAUGCCUUGAAGGAGCCGAGAUACGAGGACUGGGACUGGGAUACAAUGGGGCCGAAUAGGUGGCAAUAUCUCGGGAAUGGGUUCAGUGUCACGGAGGAGGAUGGGCGUGACUUGUCGUGGCACUUUGAUAACCCCGACAAGGAGUAUGAUUCGUUCAUAUACUAA